GUCCUACAGCAGCUGUUUGACUGAGCAGUCUGUCUGACCAGCACAAGCAGCCACCAAUUUUCCAAUGUUUUUGUACAUAUUUUGCUAAACUCGCACUCUUUUUUAUAUGACUUAGCUUUCUUUACUUUCUCUUGUACUUUCAAUCAUCAGCCAAGCUUUCAGUUUCAGAAAGAUCAUGGAGUUCCACAUGCAAGUCUCUUUGAUUAUGGUCCUUUUUGUGUUUGGUCCAACAACUAUAUUCACAAGUUCCUCUGUGAGCUCAAAUGGGCUCUCAGAAAUCCCCUUCAAGUUACUUGAUUUUGCCCAGAAACCUCAAGUGUUUGAUUGGAUGUUGGGAAUCAGAAGGAAAAUACAUGAAAACCCAGAACUGGGUUAUGAGGAAUUUGAAACCAGUAAGCUGGUCAGAGCAGAAUUGGAUAAAAUGGGUAUUGACUAUAAAUACCCAAUUGCGGUUACAGGUGUUGUAGGGUUCAUUGGCACCGGAAAACCGCCUUUUGUUGCAAUAAGAGCUGAUAUGGAUGCUCUGGCUAUGCAGGAAAUGGUGGAGUGGGAGCACAAGAGUAAAGUUCCUGGGAAAAUGCACGCAUGUGGGCAUGAUGCUCAUGUUGCAAUGCUUCUUGGUGGGGCAAAGAUCCUUAAAGAACAUGAGAAAGAUUUACAGGGAACAGUUGUUCUUCUAUUUCAACCAGCAGAGGAAGGAGGAGCAGGGGCUAAGAAAAUGAUAGAUGGUGGAGCAUUAGAGAAUGUUAAUGCUAUUUUUGGGUUGCAUGUUGCAAACCGCGUACCUAUAGCUGAAGUGGCCUCCAGACCUGGUCCCUUUUUUGCAGGAAGUGGCUUCUUUGAAGCCACAAUAAGUGGAAAAGGCGGUCAUGCAGCCAUUCCUCAGCAUGCAAUUGACCCGAUACUGGCAGCGUCAAAUGUGAUUGUCAGCUUGCAACAUCUUGUUUCACGUGAAGCUGAUCCACUUGACUCACAGGUAGUCACGGUUGGAAAAUUUCAAGGAGGUGAUGCAUUCAAUGUUAUUCCAGAUUCUGUCAGAAUUGGUGGCACUUUCCGUGCCUUUACAAGGGAGAGCUUAAUGCAACUCAAGCAGCGCAUUAAGGAGGUCAUAAUGGGACAAGCUUCUGUACAAAGGUGCAGUGCAACUGUCAAUUUCCUUGAAGAUGAGAAACCUUUGUCACCCCCGACCAUAAACCAUAAGGACCUGCACGAACACUUCCGGAAUGUAGCUGGAGAUAUGCUUGGCAUCCACAGAGUCAAAGACCAUCAACCAUUGAUGGGAUCUGAGGAUUUUGCAUAUUACCAAGAGGCAAUACCUGGAUACUUUUUCUUGCUUGGAAUGGCAGAUGACAAACUUGGACCUCUGCAUAUGCCACAUUCACCUCACUUCCAAAUAAAUGAAGAUGCACUUCCUUUUGGUGCUGCACUUCACGCUUCUUUGGCUAUUAGGUAUUUGCUUGAACUCCAACAGGAAGUUCCUUUGCCAGCACAAGAAUACCAUGAUGAAUUAUAAAGGGCUUCGUGACUAAUUUUUUGGUUCAAACAUUACCAAGUCGUCAUUGAGUAUUGGAGGAUGAGAUUCAUAUUGCAGCAACUGUGCACUAAAAUGAUUCUUUCCCAGGUAAAUUAUACACAAAUAUACCAAGGUUUAGCUCUCAUUGAUGUGGUAAUUUUGAGAUCAUAUUUGUCAAAUAAAUUGGAUGAUGCUCCACGAUACACGCAUUUGCUGAUAAUAAGAUCUACAGUGUUUUUUGGGUAACGUCUUGGUCCUCUCUUUCUAAACUGAUGGUCUUCCUCUUUCCGUGAUGAGAGUUCAGAAAUUGUACAACGAUGAGCAUUUUGCCUCAGACCAUUAUAGAGGCCCCUGCACUAGAAGGGAUUCUACAUGAAGGGCUCAAACUUGUAGACAUACUAUUAUUACACAAGUGACUAUUUUGUUUUUCUCUAGGCUGCAGGCAUUUCGUUAAUGAGGUUUAAAUAGAGAGAGUUAGAGGGGAGGUUAAUCUUUUCAAUAUAUUUUAUCCCCUAUGUAAUGUAAACUAUGUUGAGAUAUAUCAAGUAAUCAAGAGCAAUUAUCUUU